CCUUUGAACAAUAAAAGUACGCUUAACAGUAUACAUAUAUGUAAUAGCAUGGCAUCUUGCUUACUUAUCACGUUCACAAUGUCAGUAAAUAAAAAAACAACCGCUAAUUCAGUGAGCAGUAAAUAGUAAAUACGCGGUAAGUUGUGUACGACGGACCUCCUUUUUUGCUUCAAUGACAGUGGUUUAUGACCCUGGAUGGUAAACACUAUUGUAUCAGCUGACGUUUUCUGGGUCAAGGUAACCAAGCAGCUGGUUGUUUGCAUGCACUUUGCAUGAAAAGCUCUCUACAGAUAAGUCAGUAUUUCAAAAAAAGACUUCAACAGGACGUAUUUAGCAUUGUGAAAUAUAACGGAAGCAUGAUGGUUUAAUAACUUGCUUUGGAGAUUUCUGAUCGGAAAGGGCAUCAUUUCAGUCACUACAUUAUUGCAACGGUAGACACGUAUAGACACAAUGUCUCACAUCGACGAUAUUACCCUUCCCAACGCACCACUUACACGGAGCUACCUGUAUGGGGCGCCUAAAACACCCCUUGUGGACAUGACAUUAGCCGAGGCCCUCAAUAAAACAACAGAGAAAUAUCCUGAGAAAAUUGCUAUAACGUAUCUUGAUCCUACCCAAGAAACAUCACACUCUAUGACAUUUCUAGAAUGGCAGAAAAGUUCCAAGAAUCUUGCGGCAUCGUUGAAAAAGAUGGGGAUCACCUCAAGGCAUCAUGUGGCUAUAUUAGCUCCUAACUGUAAAGAGUUUUUGAUCGCUACAUGGGGUCUAUUCUACAUAGGCGCUACCGCUGUCUUCCUUAGCCACGAAUUAAAGAGCGGAGAAGAUAUUCUAGGGAAACUCAAGGCAACCAAGUGUAAAGGCUUGAUCAUUUUUAAUGAUGAUGGGCCCAUGGUCUCCAGUAUAAUAGAAACAAUCUUAUUCGAUCCAAAAUGCCGAGUCCCGACACGUUUCAUCGUUACGAUCGGUCAGAGUACCCACGAUGGUAUCCACAGUCUACAGACAUUGAUAAAUAGCGCCAGGGAGGCGGAUUUGAGCAAUUUAGAGAGAGCAACAGGGGGAAAUCUUAGUGGAAACAACGACGCUAUCGUCUGCUUUACUGCCGGAACAACAGGCAACCCUAAAGCUGUCCCACUCAAUCACGUUAGCUUGAUUAAUGCUUUCACUUUCAUUUUGAGGAGAUUCGGAAUCGAUGACCAACAGGUGUUUUUCAACGAUCGUCCUUUGACAUGGCUCGGUGGCUUCUUGUCUCCCCUCUGCGCGGUUCUGUUUGGCGCUAGAGUAGUUUCUGUGGAUACAUCUAAGACUGUCAAUCAGCACGACACGGAGUUUAUCCUGGGUACGAUGAAUCGUGAAGAUGUCACCCAUGCAAUGACAUUGCCGUAUUUGUUAUAUGAUAUUGUUCACUUUGGAGAAAAAUCAGAAUACAAACUUCGUCAUCUAAAAGCUAUAUUUGUGAGUGGACAAAUGGUCCCGAGUAAUCUUGUAGCUGAUAUGAUAGCAGCUUACCCAAAUAUAACUGCCUUUAAUGCCUAUGGUAACACAGAAACAUCUGGCCCUAUAGUAACGAUCUUCGCCGGUGAAAAUCUAAUGCAAGAUGGUUCUGUCACCGUUGGUCUUCCUAUACCACAUUGUGAGGUCAAGAUCAUUGACAGUAAUGAUAAAAUCACCCCUAUCAAUGAAUCGGGUGAGGUCUGUUUAAGAGGUCCAAACUGGGUCAGUAGACCGUAUCGAGAUUCUGAAGGAUGGUUUCGCACUGGAGAUAUAGGUAAAAUGUCUACCAAUGGAAGACUAUUUAUUCUUGGUAGAUGCAAAGACAUGAUCAAAAGAGGCACACGCUCAAUACUCCCUUCGUACUUGGAGACCGUCAUAGCGACGCAUCCUAGCGUAGAAAGCGUAUGUGUGGUCGGUGUCCCAGACGAGAGGCUAUACGAGGAGAUAUGUGCCUGUAUCGUUGUGAAAGCUGGUGCCACUCUCACUGCUGAGGAUAUGACGAGCUGGUGUGACGAAGUGUUCGCUGCUGAAGGCACAGCAGAUGGCAUGAGUAUGGCACCGAAAUAUUUUAUAUUUGUGGACAGUCUCCCUGUUGCAACAAUAGGGAAGAUUGAUAGAAAGAACUUAUGGGACCACGCUGUCACAACCCUAGGCAUACAAGUGCGUCAAUAGCUAGGCAUACACGUGCGUCAAUAACUAGGCAUACACAUGUGUCAAUGACUUGAUAUACAAGUGUGUCAAUUACUAGGCAUACAAGUACAUGUCGAAAAAAGGAAUAAAAAAUGUACAUAAAGACUGUGUCAGAUUGACACAAUUCGUUUGGUACUACAUUUACUCUGCAUAUCUUGUAUAGGUGGCAAUAUACAUGUAGGAAUUAAUAAAUGAUAUUUAUAUAAUCGCUCUAACUGUGCUAUACAGAUGAUUUUUCAAAAUAGAUGGCAAUUUGAAGAUUAUUCGUUUAACUGAUAUUGAUCAUGAUUAAAUACAUUUUUCAAUAUAUUUGAUCCAACAGAAAGUCUGUUGUUGAUGUACAACAUGUGCCCGCAAUAACAAUUACGAUUGUUAUAGAAAAAAUUUCAUGUAAAAGUGUACUUUUACCAGAAGACAAAUAUGUGAGAUAAAUAAAAAAAGUGUUUUAGUUCUUGGGUAGAAUUAACAACCAGUUAAUAUAUUGAAGGAUAAUAAAUUAACUCAAUCGUAUGUUUACUUAACACUCUAAUAUAGAUUCUCUAUAUGUCAAUUACAUACUUGUAAGAUUUGAAUUUU